GGGGACGCUGUACUUCGUAGAGAGAACCAAACAGUGGAGAAAAAGUCGGUGUCUUUUCCGCCGACUUACACGAUACCGACCCAAUAGAGCGAGAAUGAUUACUUAUCAAUGUCCUCGUGUUACGUGUAACUGGAAGGUUACCUCAUCUUCAUUCUUUUCUUUUGCUAUGCCGCGUAGAUAUAGUCACAAUUGAGUUGCCGAGUGAGUCGCCUCUUCACGAAGGUAGAAACAUCGCUAGGACUUCGAGAUGAGUGCUAAGGAUACGUUAACCGGUCGCCCGAUCAGCGUCGAGGAGGUCUCGGCACACCAGUCCCUCGACGACCUCUGGCUCGUCGUGGAAGGCGUGGUAUACGACUUCAGCGAGUUCGCGCCGGAGCACCCUGGUGGCGUGAACGUAUUGCUCCAACACGCCGGCCGUGACGCAACAGCUGCCUACCUGGAGGCUCACUCGCCAUCACUCAUCCGCACAACACUACCACCGUCCCGUAGGGUUGGCAUCCUAGAUAGAUCAACAGUAACGGAGGAAUGGACACGGCCGCCGCCGACAAUGGAGAAACCGCCGACGAAAGUGAAAGGCGCCAAGCCCCCGCUUUCGAGCCUCAUCAAUGCGCAUGACUUCCGGCUUGCCGCCCAGCAGAGUUAUACCCCAAAGGCGUGGGCUUUCCUGACCUCGGCGGCCACAGACUGUCUGACGUAUGAGCGGAAUAGCGCCACAUACAACGACAUUGUGCUCCGGCCGCGUGUGCUGCGGGACGUCAGCUCCGUAGACGUCAGCACGACGAUGUUGGGGCACCGCAUCACGACCCCCAUUUUCAUCGCGCCGACUUCCAUGGGGCGAUUAUUCCACCCCGAAGGCGAGCGCGAGCUAGGCCGCGGCGCCCAAAGCCUCGGCAUUCCGCAGUGCGUGUCGACGAGCUGCUCAUACCCGUUACCUGAAGUGAUGGACGCCGUGGAGGAGACCAAGAGCGCCGAUGGGACGAACGUGCCUGUUUUUUUCCAGCUGUACGUCGACAAGGAUAGGCGGAAGUCGGAGAAGUUGCUACGGGUUGUGAAGGAAAGAGGGGUGCGCGCCAUUUUCGUCACGAUUGACGCCCCUGUUAUUGGAAAGCGGGAGGCGGACGAGCGUAUUAAGGCUGACGAGAACAUGAUGACGCUCCCCAUGUCCGGCAUGAAGGCGAAGAACGAUAGCAAAGGCGGCUCGCUGGGGCGUAUCAUGGGCCACUUUAUCGAUGCCUCGCUCACCUGGGAUGACGUCGCGUGGUUGAGGAAGACGGUGCCAGGCCUGCCCAUCGUGUUGAAGGGGAUUCAGACGGCUAUGGACGCCGUCAAGGCAAUGGAGGUUGGCGUGGAGGCCAUCUAUAUCACAAAUCACGGAGGGAGAAGUCUCGACACGGCACCAGCCACGAUUCUAGUCUUACUGGAGUUGCAGAAAUGCUGCCCACAGAUCUUCGACAAGAUGGAAGUAUACAUCGAUGGUGGCAUAACGCGCGGGACGGACAUCUUCAAAGCGCUUUGUCUGGGCGCGAAAGCCGUAGGAAUCGGCCGGGGUUUCUUGUUUGCUUUGAAUUACGGAAAAGAGGGCAUUGAGAAUUUUGUGAACAUGUUGACCGACGAGCUGGAGACGACGAUGCAGCAAUGUGGAAUCACGAGUCUGGACCAAGUCCAUCCUGGUCUGCUACAUACAGGCGCCGUUGACCAUUUGGUUCCGGGUGGAGAGGAACACCCUUAUGCUAAAUGGAGACCCAGAAGCAAGCUAUAGAUUGUUGUCUAUAUAUUUAGACAUAAUCAUUAUAUUCCUAGUUUGAUAUUUAACAGCUUCCUACAAACUACACGGUGAACAAGAUGGGGGGGGGGCUAAUAGUAUUACAGAAACCUUUUUAAGAUUGUGUCGUAUAUCUAGCUGUACCUAACCAUGUUAUCGUCACCAUUAUCGUCGCCUAGGAAGCCAGGGUCUCCAUGAGCAACCAUGUACACGGUCAACGGUACCCGUGCUAU